CUCUUGCCCCCCCCCCCACGUCAUCCGCGAGCGAGCGAGCAGCAGCAGCAGCAGGCCGCGUCCGCCUACGUGCAGAAACACAGACGAUGCAGACCAGAUGUGACUCGGCUGGUCGAGCGAGGUGACUGCGAGGCGUCCCGCAACGCGGAAUCGGCGGCCUCGACCCAUCUCGCCACACGCCCCCAGCCUCCACGCCGGCCCCGCUCCUCGCCUCGCUCUCGGCCGGCCGCUCGGAGGUGCCGGGGCCCUCCGCGAGGGGCCGCGUUGGGGUCGACGGCAGCCGCGGCGUCCUCGCAGCUUCUUUCAGAGGUGGUGGUUGUGCUACUAACUGCUGCAGCUGGUCCCGCCUCUGUUCUCUGGGCUCAGUGGCACUCGCCGCAAAGUCGCAACGGGGGGAUAACCCACCCACCCAUCUCUGCCAAUCCGGCAUGGGGCUUCUCACCGGCUCCGGAGUCCUCCUCCUGGGCCUCCUGCUGCACGGCGUUCACGCCGACGGGCUCGGAGGACUCAAACUGCCGGAGGGAGACGACAGCUCUCCGUCCAGGACACAGCUGGAGGCGAUGGCGCAGUGGUGGGGCGAGUGGAGCACGUGGGUGGGCUGCUCGCGGACGUGCGGAGGAGGCAUCAUGUCCCAGGAACGCCAUUGCCUGCAGCAGCGACUCGGCGGAGGGCGUCUGCUCGCCUUGGGAGCCAAUAACUUAUGCACGGGACCGUCACGCCGAUACCAACUGUGCAAUCCGCAGCCCUGCCCGCCCAACAGCCGCGGAUUCCGCGUGGAGCAAUGCUCCGUCUUCAACUCCAAACCGUACGACGGCAAAUAUUUACAGUGGAUUCCUUUUUACCCAGACGACUACAUCAACAUCUCGAACAAGCCGUGCGACCUGCAGUGCACCACGGCCAACGGGGAGAGGCAGCUCAUCACGAGGGCGCGGGACGGCACGUCGUGCAAGGACAGGAACUUCCGCGGCGUCUGCAUCGCCGGGAAGUGCGAGGUCGUGGGAUGUGACGGCGUUCUCUAUUCCUCAAAGCGGAUCGACAAGUGCGGCGUUUGCGGGGGCGACAGCAGCAGCUGCUUGCGAGUGACCGGGAACUACCGCAAAAUCAGUAACGACGUCGGCUAUGUCUAUGUGACCAACGUCCCGAUCGGCGCCACCGACAUCCAGGUCAUCGAAAAGAAACGCUCGGACAAUGUCCUUGCACUUGCAGACGACUCUGGGAAUUUCUUCAUCAACGGAAACUUCAUUCUGGACAACCCGAGGAAUUUCCGCAUGGCCGGGACGGUCUUCAAGUACCGGAGGCCCUCCAACGUGCUCUCGGACGGCUUUGAGUACAUCGUGGCUGCGGGACCCACCACGCAGUCCAUCAACGUCAUGCUGCUGAACGAGAACGGGCGCAUGCAGUACGUGACGUACGAGUUCACGGUGCCCCGCGUGCCCAUCACCAAGGCGACGCCGUCGCUGCCCGAGCGGCCGCAGUUCCUGCAGCUGCGCGACGCCGACAACGACGUGGACGACUCCCACGUGCCGGAGGAGGUGUCGCUGGAGCCAGGAGGCAGCGGCACUGCGCACCUCCUGGUGGACAACUUCGUCGUGGCGCGGGAGCGACCCCCGCCCAGCGGCAACGACAUCGGCGAGCGCCGCGCCGCCGCCGCCGCCACGGCCAACGCCGCCCACUUCGUGGGGGGCGGCGGCGCGGCGGCGGCGUCCCGGGGGGGGCCGGCGGCGCGCUCCUCGGCGGCCCCCCUCCCCGAGCCGCUCACGGCCAACGCGUCGCUGGGCUCCGCCUCGCGGGGGGCGAUGGGCGGGGGCGGCUCCAACGUCGUGGCCAACGGCUCGGCGCUCGAAGCCACCAGGGCGCUCUUCGUAUCCGUGCGCAGGAGUCGGCCUCUCUCCUCGCUUGCCGCUGGGGGCCGCGGCUCGGAGCUGAGGAACGGGACGAGGGCGCUGGGCCUCGAGCGGGCGGACGGAGGAGGAUGGGGCCCCAACGCCCUCACGCUGAUGUCCUCCGCCAACGCCAACCGCAGCCUCGACAGAGCAGGAGGUCGCCCGUCACGACCCCAGCGGCCUUCCCAGCGGCCAGCCGAGGCCUCCGAGUCCGAUGUCAACGAGUACGAGCUGGGCGCGGUGGAGCACGACAUCAGCCUGGCUGACAUGUACCGCUGGAAAGUCUCGGCCUACGCUCCCUGCAGCUCCACGUGCACCACAGGCAUCUCGACGUCGUACGCCGUCUGCAUCCGCUACGACGGUGCGGAGGUGGACGAGUCGUAUUGUGACGCGGUCACGCGGCCUGAGCCCACGCGCGAGUUCUGUGCCGGACGUGAGUGUCAACCAAGGUGGGAGCACAGCCGCUGGAGCGAGUGCUCACGCUCGUGCGGCGAGGGAGUGCAGUUCCGCUCGGUGCGCUGCUGGCGUAUGCUGGCCCCGGGCUUCGACAGCUCCGCUUACGAGGAGCUGUGCGAGGCGGCCGAGCUGCCGCGGCCGGCCGAGCGCAAGGCCUGCCGCUCCUCCAGCUGCGGCCCCCAGUGGGAGACGUCCGAGUGGUCCGAGUGCUCGGCGCGCUGCGGUGACGAGGGGGAGAUGCACCGGGAGGUUCGCUGCUCGGCGGACGAGCGGCUGUGCGACGCGGCGUCGCGCCCCGCGGCGGCGCGCGACUGCACGGGGACGCCGUGCGACCGCCGCUGGAGCACGUCCGAGUGGGCUCCGUGCUCGGGGCCGUGCGGGGAGGGCACCGUGCGCCGCUCCGUGACGUGCCGCAGCGCCGAAGGCGGCGUCCUCGGGGACUCGCAGUGCGACGCCGCCUCCAAGCCGCUCGCCGUCCACCCGUGCGGCACCAACUGUCCCCCCAGCUGGCUGGCGCAGGACUGGGAGGAGUGCAACGCGACGUGCGGGCGGGGCCGGAAGACGCGCCGCGUGAUCUGUGCCGGCACCGUGAACUCGGCGCUGCGCGAGUUCCCGCCGCCCCAGUGCGAGGCGAGCACCCGGCCCCAGGAGGAGGCCUCCUGCUUCCAGCGGCCGUGCUCCAAGUGGUUCACUACUGCCUGGUCACAGUGCAGCAAGACGUGUGGCACGGGCAUCCGCGUGCGUGAGGCCAAGUGCUACCAGGGCGACGAGCUGGGCCAGGGCUGCGACGCGCUGAGCCGCCCCGGCACCAAGCAGAACUGUGAGCUGCAGGCCUGCCCCACCGAGGCCCCGGACGACCGGUGUCAAGACAAGCCGACGGCGAACUGCGUUCUCGUGAUCAAAGUGAAGCUGUGCGGCCACUGGUAUUACCGAACGGCCUGCUGCCGGUCGUGCAAAAACAAGAACGUUUAAGCGCACGCAGUGCCCCGAGAGGCGCUGCGUAGACGCAUCGUACUCGGUGCCACACCUCCUCCACCUCCUCCUCCACCUCCUCCACCUCCACCUCCCCCUCCCGUCAAAAGCAAACGGAAUGGUUUGCCCCAAAUGUUGUCUUCGCCACCAUUCCAAUAUCGCGUGAGGCGUUCGUCGCGAAGGGAGGCGCCGCCGUCCCCGCCGUCGCUGCUGCUGCUGCUGCUGCCGCCGCUGUGAUUGGCGCACACGCAGCCCGCAGCGGUGUCCAGUCGUGGAGGCGAUGCUGCCCCAGUGGCAGGUGUCCCUCUACAUCAGUCUGCCAGUAGGAGGCAGAUGCUGCUAUGUUGGUCGAGCCGAGGUCACCCCCGGUGGCAGCUGUCCCUCUACAUCAGUCUGCCAGUAGGAGGCAGAUGCUGCUAUGUGUAAUCCCAAUUUAGCAAUUUGCUGGUACAUUUUCAAAUUUGUCACAUUUUCUGAGCACGUCGCGGGCACGCAAUGUGCUACUCUUUUCGAAGAGCGUAACGGGAUCUUAAACGUCCACUGAAGCGCAACCGGCGGCACAAAUAUUACGGUUAAUGCGCCUGCAUUGUUAACCAGGGCGGCCUGCCAGAGUCGAACCGCAUAUCUCUGCAACAAGCUGUAAAGGCGGCACCACUGAGCCAUUUCACCACCCAAUGUCCUGUGCAUAGUCUCUGCAGAUCACGUGAUAACACACGUGCAUGCGCUACGUGAUGUACAUGUAUUUACGCUCUGCAGUAGCUACAGAAUCAUCGAUAGUGGGAUUGAUACAACAUUGAACCCCAUAGGUGAAUGAGUACAUUGGUGGUGCUAAUAUAAUUGUGGUCUUUCGACUUGAGUGGUGAAUUCCACAUUACUCUAGCAAGGGCCGGUAUUUCAGAGGUAACAAACCACUCGUGGCUAACCAACGAUAGUACAAAUACCGCGCAUUUACCACUUGCACGAAUAGCCACAGAGCGGUUGUGGUGAGCACAACACCUCAGCGACCGGCAUUCGAUUCCCGGCCACGGCUAACAUCAGUGGCGAGCAAUUUUAAAACUGGUCCUGGGUCAACCCCUUCAAACAACGCGCAUUGACCAGCGUGGGGAAGUAUGGUCAAACAACUCCCAUGGCCGUUACAGGCAUGGGGGUGAGGCCUGCAUCCGGCAGUGGAUCGACUAAGGGCCGGACAUUAUAUUGAUUGUUUUGUACAGAUAAUUACACACACACACGCGGUGAUGAUGGUGAUGGCUCCAGUUUCUGCCCUGCAACAGAGAAGGUGGAUCUUAAUGGGCAUUCUCUUGGAUAAAUAUUAUUAUAGCACGUUGACAUAUAUUCUGCUAAACACAUCAUUUAAAAACCAUCGUUUGAUAUUCUACAUAUGAACGUGAUUUAUUUACGUCAAAAUUAGUCGUUGGCCAUGCUAUACGUACAUUUGAAAAAUGUAAACUGGUUGAUGUGAGAAUUACGCAUAGCCUCACACAGACCUGAGUUUGUGAUUUCAUUGCGUUCUCAAGAGUAGCGAAUUGAUGUCUCAGCCCACUCACCAGUCACAUAGAGACUCAUAGACUCGCAUAGAGACUCAUAGACUCGCAUAGAGACUCAUAGCCUCACAUAGAGAUCCAUAGACUCACAUAGAGACCCAUAGACUCACGUAGAGACCCAUAGCCUC